UGUUAACAGGUAUAAAGGUCUGUUCUCACAGACAGUACUUUAGGUUAAGACAGUUUGAAGGAUGACAUGCUAACAUCACUGCUGAAGAACUGCUACACUGCUACCUUUAAUAAAUUCUUCUCCCCACAAGAACUUUGGUCAAGCUUACUUAUUUUAUGUAUUAGAGAAAUCUAGUACAUUGGCGAGCCACCCAAACUACUGCUCAGUCAAAUACAGCAAAAUCUAACAAUUUGGCAAGCCAGCCAGGAGAGACUGACAAGAAGAGAACUCAUCAAUUGCAAAAGAAGUGAACAAAAGAGUUUUGGAGAUUCUACAGUUUUUGUGUUGAGGAUCAACAGACCGUGUCUGUGGACAUAAGUUAUUUGAAUCAACUUGAUCCAGUCUCAAAAUUUUAAUUUGGUGAGUGAAACAGCUCUCUAAAAUAACUUAAAUAACACUUUUUCAUAAGUAAGCAGAUCAUUUGAUGUAUGUAGUGUAAUCAUAAUAACCAGUGUAGGACUGUUUAAGAAAUGUUUGGCUUAGGCCUUUCUCUUGAGUCUGUAGGAACCUUUUAAAUUAUUUAGUUAAUUCUCCUGAGACUGUAGGAGCUAUAGAAAAAGUGUUUAUAGCUUAGUCCAGUCCUCAUGAGUCUAUAAGAAUCAUUCAAGAAAGAGGUUUAGUCCAUUCUCAUGAGACUGUAGGAGCCAUAGAUGUGUAAUUAUAGGCUUAAUCCUGUUCUCUGGAGUCUGUAGGAAUUGUUUAAGAAACAAUUUAGUCCGUUCAUCGAGAGACUGUAGGAGCAGAGGCUUGGUCCUUUCUCUUUAUGUCUGUAGGAAUUGUUUAAGAAACAAUUUAGUCCGUUCAUAAAGAGAUUGUAGAAGCAUAGGCUUGGUCCGUUCUCUUUUUGUUUGUAGGAAUUGUGUAAAAAAAAAACAAUUUAGUCCAUUUCUCCAGAGACUGUAGGAGUCAUAGAGUGGGACUGAUGUUGCUGCAAGAAUUGGGAAAUUCUUGACUGGGUGCUAAUUCAGUAGCCACUAAUGUAGAUUGAAAUUAAUGUUCAAACCGAGUUAGAAGAUGAUGGCAUAAAACCAUGAAACUAUAAGUUUGUUUGCCUUCCAUAAAAAUACAGCAAAUAAUAUAAUGUAAAUUGUCUAAGGGACAAAUUAGAAAAAGUAAUUCAGCAUUUUGAGCAAGAACUCAAUUCAGACAUUAAACAAGGAAAAUUAGCCUGAAUGUAAAUGUUUUGUUUUAAAUGGAAGAUUGAAAACUAAUCUGAGCUUUUAAACUAAUGAUUUGUCUGUGUAACUGAAAAUGUUCAGUCUAACAGACUGCUGUGAAUUUAAAUCUGAAUAAGUACCUUUAACAGUUCUAACACCUUUUGUUCUGUUUUCACACCUCUGAGGGCACUUUUCCUGUAUUCGCCAUGGCUGAGUCUGCACAAAACAAUGGCAAUUGUCAUGCAUUGAGGCCAACAUCAAAAAGACAUGGGACAGAACCUCCAAAUGUUACCAUUGAUCAGAUGUUGGAGAAUCUGAAUGCAUAUCUUGACAAAAGGCUGGGACUGAGGAAGUGCAAUGAUGACAUCUGCCAGAAGUACAGCAUCAAGUACUCAGACAGUGGACUAUGGGCUUUGCCGGACAUUAAAAGGGCUUAUGGAAAGAUGCAGGGCUUAAGGACGAACACCAACAGAGAUGGCUUGUCUGUAAUUUUGCUCAAACAAGUUCAACAGCAUCUACAGAGAUGUGAAACUGACAAAUUACAACAUAAGAACAAAGCAGAGAAAGCAAAGGUUCGAGCACUGGUUGAACAAUUACAGACUGUAAAGAAGGACAAAGAAAGACUGUUACAUCAGAAUGACAAGUUGUUAACUUUGCUCUCCAAACGACUGGAAUCAAAAGCUUCAAGCAGCUCUGAUAACAGUGAUGCAGAUAUCAACACACAUACUGAAAUUACAAAGGACAAACUGAAGGUUAGAUUUGCUCCUGAAAUUAUUAAGAACAGAAGAACUGAAGUUGAAACUGAAAAUGAAGAGGAUUAUGAGGAAGAUGGUGAACGACGAACUCACACAGUAAAAAAGGUAAUAAAGAAAUAUGUUCCAUACAGAACAUACCAGCCAGCUACUCCAGAGCAAGUUGACAAAUGGUCAAAAGAAUUGCCAGAUGUGUACAAGCAACCACGGAAAGUAUGGCAAUUUCUUCAACGCUUGCAGAAAAUCUACAAUUUACAUCCACUGGACAGUGUGAUGAUUGCUAAUGUGAACUUUUUUACCCAUUUUAGAUUAUGGUGA